GGUAUUUCCAGAACUUUCACAUUGGGCAAGACAGCGUGUUGCGACCUGAUAAUGGCUCUGAUCGAGGUAUCCUUUAUUCAUUUGCUUCUUUCCAUCUGCAUCUGCUUUUGCCCUCAAGCUCAUAUCCCUUGAGCGAAAGGCAGCUGCUGCACUGGUCCACGCCCACAGGAAUGAGGGAGGAAGGCUAGCCAGGGGCACAUGUUCAUCAUACAGAGCGAAGGCAUCCGGGAUAAAGACUCCUAUGCCUGUGUCAUGGAGCAGCUCGGAGCCCAUAGAAAGCACCUCAAAGCCAGGACAGACUGCCCCGGACGACCACUGUCUUCAAAACCAGGGCAUUGCUGAUCUCUGCAUUCUUCAGUUUUUCCUUCAAUACACCAUGAAGGUCCAGGCGGCCAACUGUUUCUUGGCUUGGCUGGUUCUCUUGUAUGGUGUAGUAACCAGUGUAGAUCCUGACCUGGACGCUGAGUGGCAACAAUGGAACAUCAAAUACAAUGGAGCUGUUAAAAAGACAAGGUCUCUGAUAAGACGGGAGAUCUGGGAAGAUAACUACAGAUUUAUAGAAGAUCACAACAAGAGAUAUAAGGAGGGCAAGGAAACCUAUGAAUUGGGCUUGAAUGUGUUUGGGGAUCUGAACACAGAUGAGUUUGUGGAAGUCACAAAGGCAUCCUCAAUGGUAGGAACCCCAAAAAGCAGCAACCUGAUGCUGUCUGCUGCUGAGCUGCGGCACGCUGCCAGCGAACUGAACUCCAAGAGCAUAGAUUACAGGGACAUGGGCUACAUUACUCCAGUCGAGGAUCAGGGAUUCUGUGGGUCCUGCUGGGCGUACAGUGCUACAGGGGCUCUGGAAGCCCAGUGGAAGAAGAAGACAGGAGAGCUGAUCCCUUUGAGCAAACAGCAGCUCGUGGACUGCUCCACGUCCACAGGAAAUAAGGCCUGUGUAGGAGGAAGGCCUAGCCUGGCUUAUAUGUACAUCAUGCAGAAUGGAGGCAUCCAGGCUGAAGACUCCUACCCCUAUGUCAUGGAGGAGAGGAACUGCGUUGCAAACAGAAGUAAGAAUGUUGUCUCAGUGAAGGACUGGAAGUACGUCCCCCCUGGUGAUGAACAGGCCUUUGAGGAUGCUCUUGUGACCAUUGGACCCAUAGCUGUGGUUAUUGACACGACUACUCGUAACUUCCAGUUCUACCGAAAAGGAGUAUUCUAUGAUCCAAAAUGCUCCAUCUGGAAGCAAGCUCAUGCUGUUGUACUGAUCGGCUUCGGGACUGAGGGACCUGAGGAGUACUGGACAAUCAAGAAUAGCUGGGGUGUCUACUGGGGCGAGGAAGGAUAUAUGCGACUGGCUAAGAACAGGCAGCGCCACUGCGGGAUUAGCCAAUAUGGAGUUGUACCAUUUGUGUAAUGUAACCACUAAUUGUAUAACUAAAGCUUAAAUAUAUUUUGUGCUGCAAGAAUGCCCUACACUUGUCUGUCUACAGGUAUCACAUGGGAGUCAGGAUUCAGGGGCUAAUCUUGCAGUUACUUGCUGUAUUUAUUAUUGUACCUGAUGUUCAAAUUCUGGUUAAAAUAAAAAUGUUUGAACUCA